GCUAUCACCGCGAUUGAUGUCAUUGAUCAAAACCCUGAUAUGUUAGUUAAGCUGAAGCAAAAUAUUGCUCUGUUAUGGAAAGGAUUGUCAGAUAUCAAGGGGAUGUCGUUAACAAGCAACCCGGAAUCACCUAUUGUUUUCUUGAAACUAGAGAAAUCUAGCGGUUCAGCUAAAGAGGAUUUGCUUCUACUUGAGAAAAUGGCUGACCUUGCUCUGAAGGAAGACUCAGUGUUGGUUGUGAGUUCUAAAAGGUCGUUUCUUGAUAAAUGCCGGUUACCUGUGGGAAUCAAACUCUACGUUUCAGCAGGACAUAUUGAAUCUGAUCUUCUUAUAGCAUCCGAGUCGCUCAAGAGACUUGCUUCAGAGCUACUCAAGUCCUGAAACACCAAAACACAUCGAGAGAGCACUCUUUUUCUUCAAAAAAACAACACAUGCGUUUGAGAAUAUAGACAACAACAGAAUUGGCAAACUCAACGGCUUGCAGAUGUUUAUAGAGCCGAUUCCUAAACCGCGGUUAUGGUACUUUCAGUACUAGGCUUGUGGUUGAUCUGAAGCUACAGUUGACGAAGGAGAGAAUUCUCGAAGACAAAUGGCUUCUUGUUCUUUACGUUUAUGAAAUUUUUUUUCCAAAUGUUCUCGUUUGAUAUUUAUUUUUCCCCUCUUUCUUAUUCUAUUGAUGAUGAAGUAGCUUAGUGUUGUUGCAUAAAUUCUAAAAGUUUCAAUUUAUGGGAAAAAAAUUCAUCU